AUGGGGCGAUCAUAUUCUAUUUUCAUAGCCUCGUUGGCGGCUAUGGGAUCAUUCCUGUUCGGUUAUGAUAACGGUGUCAUGACGGAUGUGAUUGACUCGACGAAUUUCUUGCAAUACUUUCAUACAACGCAGACGUCGGCGAUCAUUGGGGCUAUCAAUAGCACAUAUUCGGGCGGUGCCGUAAUCGGUGCCUUUCAGGGAGCGUUCACUGUCGACAGCUUCGGUCGCAAGCUCACUAUCCAGAUUGGUGCUCUGAUCUGCCUCGUUGGCGCGACGCUGCAGGCAGCGGCUCAGCAUUUAUCCAUGAUCCUUGUUGGCCGAAUUUUGGCGGGCUGGGGCGUAGGGGUCAUGUCCAUGGCAGUACCGGUUUACCAGGCUGAGCUUGCGCAUCCCCGCUCUCGAGGCUUGAUUGUGGGGUUGUCGCAACAGAUGAUUGGCAUUGGUUACAUUGUCAGCACAUGGGUGGGAUAUGGCUCUCUUCGUGCACCAGAUACAAGCCAACUUCAAUGGCGGUUUCCAUUGGCCUUUCAGGUUGUGCCAGCUCUUGUUCUCGUUAUUGGGAUGCUCUUCGUACCCGAGUCCCCGCGUUUCCUUGUUGAGAAAGGCCGCUGUGAAGAGGCGAUGCGCGUGCUCCGGAAGCUGCACCAUGAUGGAACCAACGAUGACUGGAUUCAGGCAGAGUUCAACGAAAUAUGUCAGGCAAGUGCUUCUGGGAAAUCGGCCCCUGGCUGGGUGUCGAUGUUCACGGUGCCAAAAUGGCGCACUCGUAUGCUCAGGCAUGGUCUUGCUGUUCAGGUUUUCACCCAAAUGACUGGCGUCAACGUGAUCACAUAUUACCAAACGAUCAUGUACAAAGCCUUGGGAAUCACAGGCAGUCGUAAUACCCUCGUCGCAGGGAUAUACAACUGCGUGGGCCCACUAGCCAACCUUAUCUUUGUGGUGUUUUUCCUCGACCGAGUCGGGCGACGAAAGCCUCUGCUGCUUGGCACAGUAGCAAUCUCCAUAGCGCUUAUAUGUGAGGCAGUCCUCACAUCACAGAACCCAGACGGUCAGCGAAUCGGAUACAGCGUCGGCGGAGUAUUUUUCCUUUUCGCCGUAUCGGUUGCCUUCUCGGUAUCAUUUGGGCCGUGCAGCUGGGUAUACAUGGCCGAGAUCAUGCCGAUGCAGAUUCGCGGCAAGGGCAAUGCAUUCGCAGUUGGGAUUGGUAACUGGGCAAUCAGUACUUUGUGGAAUCAAGUCUCCCCCACCGCACUGGGACAGAUCCAGUGGAAGUUUUAUUAUGUAUUUGUGGCAUGGAGUUAG